GAAACGCCUCCUUCUCCUUCUCCUCCUCCUCCUCCUCCUCGCGCCUGUCUGUAUUUCAGCUGUCGCUCGGCCUCAGCUCGGUCACUGCUCACUGCCGAUCAGAGCGUAAACAUGGCUGCUAACCGGGUGAUCGUGUAUGGCGGAAGAGGCGCUCUGGGCUCAAAGUGCGUUCAACAUUUCAAAUCCAAAGGAUGGUGGGUCGCUAACAUCGACAUGGCUGCAAAUGAGGAGGCAAAUGAAAACGUGAUUGUCAAGUUGACUGAAUCUUUCUCCGAGCAGGCAGGACAGGUGACAGCAGAUGUGGCCCGGUUGCUAGGGGAACAGAAAGUGGACGCCAUCUUGUGUGUGGCAGGAGGAUGGGCAGGAGGAAACUGUAGUUCCAAAGAUUUAUACAAAAACACAGAUCUGAUGUGGAAGCAAAGUGUGUGGACCUCCACUAUUUCCAGCCACCUCGCCGCUCUGCACCUAAAAGCAGGCGGACUGUUGACUUUGUCUGGAGCCAAAGCAGCCCUGUCAGGCACUGGAGGCAUGGUAGGGUAUGGCAUGGCCAAAGCUGCUGUCCACCAGCUGUGUCAGAGUCUAGCAGCAAAGAACAGUGGGAUGCCAUCAGGAGCUGCUGCUGUGGCUAUACUACCGGUUACCUUGGAUACGCCAAUGAACAGGAAGUUCAUGCCUGACGCAGAUUUCAGUUCCUGGACGUCACUGGAGUUCAUUGCAGAGAUGUUCUUCAACUGGUCCACUGGGGUGAACCGGCCGGCUUCAGGAAACCUGAUGCAGCUGCUGACCUCUGGAGGCGAAACCCAGGUUGUAGCUGCACAGUAGAGGACAGAGUGGAGCUGUGGAGACAGUGAUGGGGGUUGGGGAGGAGAGAGGAAGAGAUAAAGAUGGAUUGAAGCAGAGGGAGAGAUGAGGAGAGAGGGGAUGAUAUGGGGCAGGAGAGUUGGUGAGAUGGGGGGAGUGAUGAAGAGGGUUGCAGGGUAUAGAGGUGAAGAAGAGAGAUGGUGACAGAGAGGAACUGAAUGAAAUAGGGAGGUGGAGAGAUGACGGCUAGAUGGGUUUGUUCUGGUGGGGUGAAGAGAAGGGGGGGCUCUCAGUGCAAAUGCAGGCUCACAGCGCCAUCUAGCUGUAGGUCACUGCAAUUAUCCCACUGUUGCAGUCAAUCAGACCGUGUUAAAUCUGCAGAAAUGGAAAUACACCAUUGGCCAGUUUGGGGUACACAGACUGAAGGGUGCUCUCCGACAAUUUUGAGAAUUUCUUCAAAGUAUUCAGACUUUAUUUAAAAGUGAAGUGAAAUUGUGCUAAAUGAAAAACAUUUCAUAUCAAAAUGUGUAUUUAGAUCUUAUUCGGUCCGGCCUGUGUGCUAGCAGCCACUGAUUAAGAUCCAUAUAUAAUUUGUGAUAUGAUACUAUAGUAAUUCUGUCAAAGCAGUGUUAUUACAAUCAUUAGAAUGUGGGAAAACUGCAGAAAAAGAAUGAUCCAUGUCCUCAAUCUACUUAUAAGGACCCUUCUCUCUCCAAAAUGCUUACUAGGAACUUCAUACCUACAAUACAUACAGUCAUAUUGUACCUAGAGAUAUUCAACACAAGACAAUGUCAUUCCUCUGUGACGUCUGUAGACCUCUUUAGUUUGUACUGUUUGUAGUCCUUGAAGGUCCUCUGCCACUGCGGAACCUCAAAGUUGAAGAAAGCCGCUGUCUUCUCGCAUACGGACAAUACGCUUUGGAGUGGAGUGGCCUUAUUUUAUGUUGGUGACUAUCAAGUCCAAGUGUCCUUGGUGUCCUAGGUAUGAAAAAGGUGCUCUGUCCUGUUGUGAGUUUUCUAAGUCAUGUAUUGUAACUGUGUCAAAUUCACAAUAAAAUAAAUCAAAAUAAAGGAA